AUGAAGAACAGCAGUGGUGGUAAUGGUUUAUCACAGCGUACAUUAGCUGAAAGAUAUAAUAUUUCACUUGGCUCUGUAUCUAAUAUAUUAAAACGAAAAGAAGAAUAUUUACAUGAUUAUGAAACCAAUCAGAAUCAAAAUGUUAAACGAAAAUUCAAAAGUUUUGAUUCAGUAAAACUUGAUCAACAAGUUUAUGAAUGGUUCGGUAGCUGCGAAAAUAUUUUAGUAUGUGAUGUAAAUGAGCAAGAUGAUGAUGAUAGUAAUGCUGUAUCUACAGAAAUACCACCAAAAAUAGCAGAAGCAAUGGAAAUGACACAAAAGCUUCGUUUAUUAGCAACAACACAAUAUCCACAAUUACAUAAAUUAAUUAGAGUCAAUCAAAAACUCGAUAAAUUGGCUCAGGAUAGUACAUUUACACGAUCUGUUGAUUUAGUAACAAUAACAUUGAAUGAAGAUAAUGAGUCAAGAACUAAUUCAAUACUUGAUCGAUUUUGUUUUGAUAUAAUACCUCGAAUUCAAUACAGCAUUGAAUGUCUUACUGUUGGUCCAUUGUCAACAGAUCGAAUUCUUCGCAUUGGAAAUUAUCCUAAGCUCAAUAAACUUAUUCUUGUUAAUCUUUCACUUAAAAUGGCAUCUCGUAUUUUAAAUAAUGGAUCAUCAUUUAUUCAUAUCUAUAAGCAUCAGAUUUCACAUCUUGUUGUAACGAUUAAUGAUGAUAUUACAGCUAUACGAAUAAAAAAUGUAGCCACAAAUAUUUUUGCUAACAUUCUUGCUAUGUUUACAAAUUUGAUUCAUCUUGAUUUUAACUUUGGCGACAAUUUUGGGUAUCCACCAACAUCAUUUAUUAAAUUACUAUCAACAACAUGUCAUUCAUCAAGUAUUGUUCAUUUGAUUGUUACGGUGCGCAAUUUUGAUGAUUGUCUUUGUUUACUUGAUGGACGUCUUAGUCAAUUACAUACAUUUAUUGUCAAAGUUGAUAACAUUGAUGAUUUAUCAAUGAGUAUUCGUAAGAAGGUAAAGAAUUUCGAAUCAUAA